AUGAAGGUGCUUUUAUUAUUACUCGCAUUUGUCUCGGCGUAUAACGCGUUACCCGCUUUUGACGAGCUAUCACAGGAAGGUGAGGGUAAGACAUGGGUAGUCCUAUGUGCCAGCGCUAACACAUGGAUGAAUUACGGUAUCCAGUCCGAUGUGUACCACUCGUACCAAUUGGUGCGUUCGCACGGUAUACCCGACGACAACAUAAUAGUCAUGCAUUACGACGAUAUCGCCACUGAUAAACAAAACCCAACACCCGGGGUAGUCAUAAAUGAGCCCAAUGGUACCAAUGUUUAUGAGGGUGUGCCCAAGCAUUAUACUGGGAAAGAUGUCACUCCCCAGAACUUUUUAGGUGUUCUGAAGGGCGAUGAUAAAUUAGCUAAGCUUGGUAAAAAGGUUGUUAAUAGCGGACCUAAUGAUCGUAUAUUUGUAUAUUUAAUGGACCAUGGAGCUGAAGGUGUGGUCAUGUUUAUGGAUACCUUUCUUCACGCCGAGGACCUAAAUAACGCACUCAAAGAAAUGCACACAAAUAAGAGAUACUCACAACUUGUAUUUUACCUUGAAGCUUGUGAAUCAGGUUCGAUGUUUGAUAAGUUAUUACCAACUGAUAUCAAUGUAUACGCCGUAACCGCUACAAAGCCUAAGGAGCUUGGUUGGUUUUAUUAUUGCGAUACGAAAUUAAGUACUUGCCUAGGUACAUAUUUUGCGGCAAUGUGGUUUGAUGAUUGGAGGGCUAAUGACCCAAAUGUUGAAAAGUUUCAACAAGAAUAUGAGUUUUUUGAUAAACAUCAAAAUUUUACCAUGUACAAUCAGUCUUACUCGCAGCACGCUCAACAAUACGGAGAUUUAUCACUUUCGAAAUUGACUCUAGCACAAUUUUUAGGUGGUAAAAAAUCACCUGAAAUGACAAGAACUUCAAAUAUUAACAGAGAAAACAUACAGUUUGUGAGCAAACGAGAAGUUGCUGUUUAUAUGUUGCAAAAGAAAAUUGAAGAGACCCAGGAUAUCACUACGAAAUUAGGGUAUGUCAAGGAGUUGGAGGCUUUACUGAAUGGACGUCUAUAUAUGGAUAACGUGUUGUAUGAAUACGUGAAUAGUAUUCAACACUUAAUGCCAAACAUCGCAACCAAUGCUAUACUCCAUACGAAACAAGAGCUCAAUAAUAGACACUGUUAUCGACGAUUAGCCGACAGUUUUAUUGAACAUUGUUUUACCCUUAAUGAAAAUCCAUACGUGUUGUCAAAACUGCAUAUAUUUGUGAAUAUUUGCGAACAAAUGCGUGACUCGAGUGAUGCGGACAUUGCUGUCAACCGAUUGAUACAAUACUGUCAUCAAAAUAUUGACCGAAAUAUUGCCACAAAUAUUCAAUAAACUGUUCAAUAUUUAUAUCAAUAUAAGAGAGUUAAAAAAUAUUUAAUAAUAAUA